UUUCCUUCUUCCCUUGAACUCAACCACAGAUUCCACAGACUUUCAAAGCCUGUGUACUCCCUACAGACUCAGUUACUGUGGCUGACCUCAGUAACUUCUCGAAAUAUUAAUUGUUAUAGACAACAAACAAUUGUUGAGAAUACACAUAGAGCAAACUCCUCCAGCUUCUAGACAUUCUACCAUAAUGGCUGCUCCAGCAACUAAGACCCUCCAUGACCUCAAUGGCACUUGGUCCCUGAACAAGACGCUUUCGGACGACGUUAGCCCGGCCCUCGAGCUCCAGGGCGUAGGCUGGCUGACGCGCAAGGCGAUCGGCCUGGCCUCUGUGACGCUGCACGUCAAGCAGUACGUAAGCGAGGACGGGAAGGAGCAUGUCGACAUCGAGCAGACGGCCACCGGCGGGCUCAAGGGCACGAGCGAGCACCGCGAGAUGGACGGCCAGCCGCGUGAGCAUAAGGACUGGCUGUUCGGGCGCGUGAGUGGCCGCAGCGAGUUCGUCACCGAGAUCCCUGGUGGCGACGCAUUUCUGCUGAGCAACUGGGAGGAGGGCACGUCCGAAUGGCUCCUCAACUCCGUCGACAGCCUCGACAAUGGGUGGACCGCGCGGCAGACGUGGGGAUUCCAGCAGGUCAAGGGCGAGAGGAGGUACGUGCGUAACGUGGUGGUCGAGAAGGGAGAGAAGAGGGCGGAGAUCCGAAUGGUCUAUGACUGGAUCGCCACGUAAGAGUGAGAACUGCAGCACAAGAGAGGGUGGUCUGGCAUGUGUGUACUCCCAGUAUGCCCAGGAAGAAUAGAGGGCACCUCUCUAUAGUUGCCUGUUCGGCUGGUCUAGAGAUUCUGUCGGGUGAUCAAUCACAGUCAAGGAUGCUCACAGAGCUCCGGGGGAGGCAUGACUCCUUGUCCUGAGAAUUCAUCAGAAGGGUACAGCUAUCAUAAAUUAUUUGUCGUCUAUCCUUCCAUAAUUAUAUUCUUUUAUUUGACCUAUU